UUCCCUGUUGGGAUUGGCUAGUAUUUCCUACUCCACCGUGUAUGAGUGUGAACUUCCAUCCAAUCCUAGCGCAGGUGACAAACAGCAGCAGAUCGUAUAGGGUGGCGAAAGCGUCAUACGGCUUGUAGAAGUGUCCCUGAGAGGAACACCGCUAUGUGGAGCGAAGUACGGCGUCUGUAUCACUCAGAGUUAAGGCGACUCAUCGGCGUUUAGCUACGGAGAGUUAGUGAACAUGACAGACUGUGGAGCUUCACGGAGAAUGGCGAGGGCAAAGCUGGUAGUGCUUGGACGGGAUAACUGUGGGAAAACUGCUCUCUGUGUUAGAUUCAUCACUAAGCGUUUCAUUGGAGAGUACGACCAUAAAAAGGAGGUUACCUACAGGUGCCGUAAAACAGUGGACAAAGAGGCAAUUGACCUGGAGAUUUUAGACACAGUUAAUAAGGAGUGCAUGGGACCUGCUGCCACCUCUCUGGAGAGUUCAAUCAAGUGGGGUGAUGGUUUUUUGAUCAUGUACUCUGUGACGGACCGCAGCAGUUUUGAGGCAGUUUCACGUCUGAAGAGGCUCAUUGACCAUGUCAAGCAGACACUUGGAAUCCCCACAGUGAUUGUAGCAAAUAAGAGUGACAUGGAGAAUGGGCGUACUGUUAGGACAGAAGAGGGACAAGCUUUGGCCAGGGACCUGAGGUGUAGUUUUUUCGAGCUGUCUGUGGCAGAAAGUGCCUCAGCAGUGGAGGCAGCGUUCGGACAGCUGAUCCGAGAGGUACGACUGGAGUUCCACCGCCAUCUAUUGGCCAUGGACAAGCGCUCACGCAUGCUGCAGAUGCGUCAUGUGCUGAAGAACAAACUCACACGCAGCAAAACCAUGCAGUGGUGAACACAGACACCGAACACAAUUCUUUGCUGCCCUGUCUUUGUGGAUCAGCAGGUUGAUCUGUUUUCUGCUCACCCUUGGAGGAUGGAGGACAAAUCUAUACUAAUGCCAAGGAAAUCCAGGCACUAGCAACUAGGAAUUUGAAUUCUAGUGAAAUGCCACAAUUUUACUACAUCUACCUAUUUAUGGUUGCAGAAGUUGAAUUCACAUUGCCUUGUCCAGUAGAAGCAAGCUACAUUAUAUGAUCAUGCUGACAAAGUGGUCCCACUUGAUGUGAUGGUAUACUAAAGGAAGGAUUUCAAUUCACAGAAUCCCCGACACAUCAUGAUUGGGAAACAAGAUUGGUUUUGAAGCAUUUUAAGGGAAUCGUCAUCAAGAACGUCACUUGUGUACAAUAAAGUUAAAGUAAAGAAAAA